GUGAUCUGAUCUGAUGUCCCAUUCUCUCCCUCCUGCACGCCCCUAUUCCGCAGUGGGUUGACUCCAGCAGGGUGGGUAUUAAAGCCCCGCCCAGUGUGCUGUCUGGGCACACAGUUCCUCUACAUAUACCUACUGUGAGCUGCGUCUGGUGAGCGUCUGUCCCGACCCCCUACAACAAUGGAGUGGAAAGCAAUGGAAAUCAACCCUGAGACCUUGAACAAAUGCCUCUCUCGUCUGGGUGUGGCUUCGAGCUGGAAGUUCGUAGAUGUUUUGGGUCUAGAAAACGAAUCCCUAUCCAUGGUACCAUCGCCAGUGUGUGCGCUGAUGUUGCUGUUUCCCUUGAGUCAACAGCAUGAAUCUCACAGAAACCAUCAAACAUCAGAUCUGAGUGGGAAGGGCAUCGAUUCUAAAAUCUACUUUGUGGUGCAGUCGAUUUCAAACUCCUGUGGUACCAUUGCACUUGUUAAUACUAUUGCCAACAAUCAAGAUAAACUUGACUUUGUGGAAGGAUCAAUUUUGAAGAAAUUUCUCAAUGAAACUGCAGAUCUCUCAGCUCGGGAAAGAGCUAAGAAAUUGGAACAAAAUAAGGAAAUACGUGCAGCACAUGAUGCUACUGCAGAAGAAGGAGAGUGUCGGGUACAUGAUGAUGGCCCAAACUUUCACUUUAUCACUUUUCUUGGUGUAGAUGGACAUCUCUAUGAAUUGGAUGGAAGGAUGCCAUUCCCAAUUGACCAUGGAAAAACGUCAAAUGAAUUAUUACAGGACUCAGCAAAAAUAUGCAGGCAAUUUAUGGAACGUGAUCAAGGAGAAGUCCGCUUUACUGCAGUGGCUCUGUGCAAAUCUUCCUGAAUAGGGAGUGGGGGAGUAAACACAAUCACAGCACUGCAGUUUAAGUUGUUAAUCUAAGCUUUCAAUGUUUGGCUUAAAAUCACGUGUAUGUUGAGGCACUUUAAGUGUAGCCUUUUUACACUUGCAGUGAGAAUGGAUAAAGUUUAAUGGAUAGCAUGAGUGCACAAAUGCAGUAUUGAAUUGUAGGCAAUAUUUAUAGCUUUAUUCACAAAUGGUCUUACUUUGAGUAUCUUUGAUAUUGCAGCAGGUAGAAGCUGCUUGAUUUAUUGCUGGACCAUUGUACUUUGCCUAGUAAAUCUGUCUGCAGGAAUCUGGAAAUAUUUGCUUAAUUCCAUAUUGUGCCUAAUCUUUACAGCUAUUUCUGUGUAAUAUCUGAAAUAAAAUCAUUGCAACAAUA